AUGAGCCGCUCCAUAGAGCAGGCGCUGCUCCAGCUCAUGCCGACCCACGCCACCGACCUGCCGCCCCCCCUCGUCGAACUCGCCAGCGCCCUCCUCGCCCAGUCCCGCCACAGAGCCAGCACCCUCAAGGCCGAGGAGGAGGUCGCCCGCCUCCACGCCUGCUGCCACAUCGCCUGCGACCGCCUCAAGAUCCCCCUCGACCUGCCGCCCAUCCAGUCGCGCCCGCCCAUCCCGCCGCGCAUCUACCAGCGCCUCUACGCCCACCUCGACAACAUCCUGCCGCACAACCUCACGGCCCGCACGCCAGCCAAGAACAGGCACGCCACACCGCGCCCACGCCACGCCGGCGCCGACACGACGACGACGACGACGACGACGGCCUCGGGUCGCCCGCUGCCGUCGAGGACGACGCCCAGCAAAGAGACGACCCUCGCGCCCUUUCCGCGCCGCCGCCACCCUACCAAAUCCACAGGCAGGGCCGUCCUCCCCUCGACACGGCGGCCCUGCACCCGUGGAUCCGCCCGACGAUCCGCUUCAUCUGCCGCGCCUCGGGCCACCCCCGCCUCGCGCCGACGCUGCUCGCCGGCAUGGAGCGCGCCGUCGCGCCGGGCGGCCGCCGCACGCGCGACCCCUGGGUCCUCGCCAACCUGA